AUGUUUUUCCAGACUGAGCCUUGUGGGCAGAUCCGGAGUCGGGCAGAGGAAGUGCAGUGUCGAUCAUGCCAGACAGGAACCUUUUCCUGUGACUCGUUAGACUCUGAACUGUGUCGUCCACACUCCUCCUGCAAGCUUCGUGGGCGAAAACUUGUAACCUCUGGCACUGCUACUCUUGAUGCUGUGUGUGGAGACUAUCUGCCUGGAUUUUACUCCAAAGCCGGAGUAGGAAGUGCUUCAAUCAAAAACUCCUGUGUGAAGAUGACCGUACACAUCAGAAGCGUGCGCACAGUGGGGCAAGGCUUGGGAAUUGGUGCUGAAGGGCCAGUCAAUGACACAGUUGUACGCAGCGCUGAGGAGAAGACAACCGAUUAUGUGGUGUUCGCUUUAGUGCCUGUCUUCUGUGUUGUGGGCCUGCUGGGUAUCGUGAUUUGCAACUUCUUGAAGAAGAAAGGAUGCCGCUGCAAUGCCAAGAAGGAUGGGGUUGAUGCAGAGGCUGAUAUACCUCAGAGAGAAGGUAAUAACGACGACCUGAAUGAAGACACUAUCAGUGUUCUUGUCCGCCUGAUUACUGAGAAACAAGAAAAUGCUGCUGCUUUAGAAGAACUACUGCAAGAGUAUGAGCUCAAACAGAUGGCCCAAAGCAAAGUCUCAUCAAUCAAGUUCCCGAUGCAGUCUCCACUGUCUUCAUUUUGCUCCCUGCCCAGACUUUGCCCCCAUCAGUCGCACCUGCACACCAUCUCUGGCCUCUCUGGCUUAGCACCAAAGCAUGGCUACUGUUGCUCCCGAUGUGCCCAGAAGAAAUGGCCUGCCAUACUCAUACCCCCUCUGGAUUCCCUUAAAAAUCCCCUUAAGCCCCCACUGACCCUUAUCGUUCCCACACUGAAAACGUCCACCGAGCAGAAGAGGGGUCCCCUGACGUCAGGAAUAUGCGUUAACACUCAGUGUACACAAGCUAUGGUGCCAAAUAUGGUGCAGGAGACUGUGGAGGGCAUUGAGGCAAAGGAAUGGACAGAUGGGGGGCUGAAAUUUCUCUCUGUGGGAAGAUUUCAAGUGGCUCAGAUCCCUGAAUACAAACCAGUCAUAGAGGAAACAAAGGCACCAUCCCAGGAGCAACGCAAGUCCCUUUUUGGUGGGAUUCAGUUUUCAUCAACUUCAUUAGCAGGCCUCAUGAGGUGACCGGAGACGUUUGCAUGGUAACACUACCUCUGACAAGGAUGACCACUACGGCAGGUUUGCAGCGUGACACCAACAUCGAUCCUAGGGGUUACAAUCCUACUGCGAGAGUGUUUCAUGAUGAGCAAAAUGAAACAUCAAAGAAUGAACAGCAUCAAAGCUAAUCCAAAGAUAAAAUGUGGAUGUCCACCUAGUUGGAACACAGAGGUUUAUACUAUAUUGGAUUAGCAGCUGUCAUUGCUUUUGCACUUUUAAGGGCAGGUGAGAAGAAUAGGCUCCAGUGUUUGAACUUUCAUAACAAAAGAUACAUUCUCAGGUAAACUAACUCUCUUGAUUACGCAAUAGACUAGUCUUUCUUCCUUGUGUAAAGAAGGGUCAACAUAUAGAGAAAAGAAAAAAAACUGGUGUGUGUGUAUAAAGUGAGGUAAACAUUCAACCAACCAGUUAAUGUGCAACUUGAUCCAAAAAUAUCAAGAGAGGUUUUCAUCACGAUGCUCAUACGACAGGUUCAAACUAUACUACAAUACCAGUGGGGGAGGAUUGAAAGAAAAAAAAUGUAUUCAAGGUCAUUAAUACAGUCUCUGUUCCUUCUGUGUAAACUGGAUGUUUGUUUAAAAGGAGGACUUGAAUAGAAAGUAUCCACAGUUUUUAUGAGGCACUGCAGGAGUGAAGGGUGAGAAAAUAAAAAAAGUACUCACACAAUCCAGUCUUGGUACAAAAAAAGUUUAAAAAAAGAAAAUGUACAUUUUACUACAGCAUGGAAGACAGCAAGUAUUUAUUUUACUCAUUUCAUACGUCUAACAACUGCUCAUGCAAAAAUGUCAAAUCAAAUCAAGACAAAACUGCAACAAUCUUUCAGUUACUUGAUCAAGUCAUUCAAAAAAACUAAACGAACUCACACUUGACGUUAAACUAUGUACAAUUAUUUGCAAAGAAAAUGGCUCGUUAACUUAUUUCCACACCUAACUUAUUUUCCAGUUCUUCAAAAGAACUCAGACUAUGUAUUUAUAAAAUGCGGUUGCUGAUGAUUUAGUGGUUUUAUGUGACAUUUUCCUAAAUUUUAAGGUUUGCUACAUUGUAUUUAUAGCACAUUUAAUACUAUUUUCACAUUGUUAUAAAGAAUAUGACAACAUAUGUAAAAGAUGAUAUGACGACGAUACCUUUUCAUCAGUCAUUCUUUGAUGUAAUCAAUCUGUUUGCUGGAUUUACAAAAAAUUAUCUCAAUGUCAUUUCUAAAAUGUUUUACUGUUGAAAUAAAAAGGAAAUUUUA